AAUAGGAUCUGCAAAAACCCCAAGUCUGCUGGAACUUCCAGAAAAAGAGGACUUCUUGGGGAAUGAUAAAAUGCGGGCGAGGGCAAAAGCCACGCUUGACCGUCCAAGACGUGCAGCGUUGAUACACUGAACACACAUCCACUCUCGUAGCUUUUUCAAUCUGUUCCGCCAGAAACCAUCUAACGUUACAAUGGGCCGCGAUCGUAGCGCCUCAUUCGCCGGUGCCAUAAGCCGUCCUGAUCCCUCCUCCCCAACGGGUCCCUACUCAGCCGGCUUCGAAGUCUCCAUGGAAGAGCAGCCCCUAAAACGGAUCUCCGGGUUCGAAGACCUCGUCGCACAUCGACCGACGAAGGAGGAAUUGAAACAGAGGAAUAUCCUGAAAUCUGAUACUGUUGCGGACGGGUUGCAGGGUGUGAGGGAGGAGUUGAGGAAGAGGCGGAUUGAGGAUACGCUGAAGGAGAAGCUGGCUGCUCGGCCGGAGCCGGAAACGUUGGUGGAGCAGCAUGUUUUGCUUGCUAUUGGAGUUGCACCAUCCAUCCAGGGCGCCCAACACGAUCUACAAAAGCACAAACUCCUCGACGACCUAGAAGGAAAACUCUCCGGCCGCCCCUCAGUCGACUCUCUCAUCGACCAAAAUAUCCUCAAAACCACCUCCCUCGCACCCGCCCUCCAAAGCACGCAACAUGAUCUCGCAAAGCACUUGCUGGUAGAUUCCAUCCAGCCAAAAAUCAGCCACAGGCCAUCGGUGACGGAGUUGGUGGAUGCGAAUAUUCUGAAGGACCCGCAUGUUGCGCCGGCGUUGCAGAGCGCGCAGGUUGGGUUGGAGAGGAGCUUCGUGGCGGAUUCUUUGAGGCAUAGUUUGAGUGAGCGGCCCAAAGAGGAAGCGCUUGGCAAAAUCCUCCGUGCUGGAUGAGUCGCGGAUAUGCAGCUCGGGGGGACCUAUUGGCUUUCCGCGAUACCCAUGCUUUUAUCUCCUCGUUCGAGCGUACCCUAUCUUCUUCUUUCGGAGACUUAUCGAGAUAGGAAACUCAUCGCGUAGAAUUUUACCGGUUUAAUCUAGUUUAAUGAGAACAUAGCCCUGAUGUCCGUA